CUAAACUUGAUAAUAAAUAAUGCACACUUGUUUGUUGAAUGAUUCUGAAACAAAAAAGAUAAGAACGCGUGAAACUAUUGUGAACCAAUUAAUCAUGGAGAUUGAAAUUCUUUCUAGAGAAACCAUCAAACCUUCAUCACCAACUCCUUCUGAUUUGAGAAUCUACCCUCUUUCUUUUAUUGAUAAUGCCUUUUACCGCAAGUAUGUGCCAGUUAUUUUCUUCUACAACACAAACGAAGUUAGUAACCAAACUUCUAAAGUAUCACAACUCCGAAAUUCCCUAUCUCAUGUUCUUUCCAAAUACUAUCAUUUUGCUGGUAGAUUGAAAGACAAAACUACCAUUGAAUGCAAUGAUCAAGGUGUGUCAUUUUUCAUCACAAAGAUACAAAACAAUUUAUCAGAAAUCGUCCAAAACCCGACCGAAGAAUCGGUGAACUCAUUGUUUCCAGAUGAAUUGCAAUGGAAAGUGAUGGAUUGGAGUGGGAGUUUAUUUGUCAUUCAAGUCCAUUGUUUCGCAUGUGGAGGAAUUGCGAUAAGUAUUCUCAUGACUCACAAGGUUGGUGAUGGUACCACUCUGUUCAAAUUUUUGAACGACUGGGCCAUCAUCAACCAAAAACUAGAACAAGAAGACUUAUCAAUAUUAUUAUCACCCCUUUCUUUACAAGAAGGGGGAGCAUCAAUUUUCUCUCAGAGAGACAUACCUAUUUUUCCGGAGCUUUUUAUUCCGGGAGGAAACAAUAUAGUGUAUAAAAGAUUUGUCUUUGAAGCCUCAAAGAUUAAGUCCCUCAAGGAAAAGGUAAGAAAUUCUUUAAAUUUUUCUCCGACUCGCGUACAAGUUGUAAGUGCAUUGAUUUACAAGCGCGCGGUUACAACAAAGGGAUUAAAUUUCAAGAUUGCGCCGUUCACUACAGUUGUAGACGUUCGCAGAAGAAUGGUUCCUCCAUUGUCAGAAAACUAUGUUGGAAACAUAGUUUGGUUUGCAUCUAUGUGUCCAGAUAAAGAGAAAAUGGAGCUGGAUGAAUUGGUAAGCAAGAUAAAACAAGCAUUAUCUGAAUUUUGCGAGGUUUAUCCGAAAAAAUUCGAAGGGAAAGAAGAGGAGGAUUUGUCAUUUAUUUCAGGGUGUUUGGAACAUCUUAAUGAUGGUUAUUAUGAGAAUCAUAAUAUGUAUACAUUUAGUAGUUGGUGUGGAUUUCCAGUAUAUGAUGUAGAUUUUGGGUGGGGAAAACCAACAUGGGUAACCACUUUUGGUUGUUUGAUGAAGAAUGUAAUAUUUAUGAUGGAUGCUAGAGAUGGAGAAGGGAUUGAAGUGUUUGUGAGCAUGAAAAAGAAUGAUAUGGAUAAGUUUGAAAAUGAUGUUGAGAUUCUUCAAUAUGCAUCUCUUAAUCCAAGCAAUGUUUGACAUCUAUGUGCUUUCAUAACAAUGUGUUAGGGAGGGUAAGUUCUUUUCAAUAAGCAUUGAAUUUCAAAUAGGUUUGUAAUUUAUUUGAAAUUCAAACAAGUGGGAUUUAUUUCUGUUUCUUCAAGGUUCUUUUAAUCUAGCUUACUUUUCUUUUUUUAAUUGGCUUGAUUUAGUGAUUUUUAUCUCAAGAUCGAUUCAUGUGUUUGGGGAAUUUAUUUGAAUAAAGUUAUUACAUUUUGGUCCAUAUUAUUUCUCUUUAGAUCAAUUUAUUUUGUUUAUUUUUCUUAGGAAAGUCAGACAAUAUAAAAGAACUACUAAAGGCACAAACUAUGGUAAAUAGUAUAUAUAAGCUACAAUAAGGCUAUCACAAGUAAUAGCUUACAAAGUAAAAGCCAAGUUGCAUUUGCCAAGCAUUGACUUUUAAAAGAAUUAAUGAGUAAAAAUUUAAUACAUAUACUAUCAAGCUAUUUAAAAAGAUAGAAGUCCACAAUUCUACCCAAAUUACUUUUUCUG